UUUGGCACCGCCUGUUGACAGGAUACGUGUGAACGUCGCUCUACGUAUUAUAACGCGAGUGUUUAGAAAUAAUAAUAAGAAAAAAAAAAGAUAUAUCUAUAUAUAUAUAUAUACACACAUAAUAUAUAUUUAUAUAUAUAUAUAUACAUACAUAUACGUAUAUACACGCAGAGAGACACACGAACACAGGAGAUACACAUAAAAAAAAGUAAAAAAGAAAAAAGGAAAAAAAAAAAAAAAAGAAAAAUGGCAUCUUACUCGGAGGAUCAGCUGGCAGGCAGAAUGUAUGGAUACAGUUAUCAGGAAUUGACUAAUAGGAUGAUGUCAUCUAUGGAGGAGUUUCAGGAAGCAUUUCAGCUCUUUGAUAGCCGUGGUGAUGGAAAAAUUCAUGUCGCUCAAAUUGGUGAUGCAUUGCGUGCACUUGGACAAAACCCUACGGAAUCGGAUGUAAAGAAAUUCACUCACCAACACAAACCAGAUGAACGGAUUAGCUUCGAAGUAUUUUUACCAAUUUAUCAAGCCAUCAGUAAAUCCCGUACGUCUGAUACAGCUGAUGAUUUUAUCGAAGGAUUACGUCAUUUUGAUAAAGACGGAAAUGGUUAUAUAUCGUCUGCCGAAUUGAGACAUCUUCUAACAACAUUGGGUGAAAAAUUAAGCGACGAAGAGGUAGAAACGUUACUAGCGGGCCACGAGGACUCACAGGGUAACAUUAAUUAUGAAGACUUUGUCCGUCAAGUGAUGUGCGGAUAAAUAGUUACUUAAUUUUGUACAUGAAGUUAUUAACAUUUAAUUUUUAUAGUUCUCAAGUCUAUUCAAACUUUUACUUUGAAAAACCUUCAUAUCAUAGCGUAUGCGUAUAAAAAUUUCUCUUUAAAGAAACUAAUGCUACGUAUCACAUAUUUUGUUAUAUAUCAUGGGGAGAAAACUAACCAUUUCAUGUAAGAUUAAAUAUUAGUUAACAAAUGGUAGAGAUAAAUGAAGAUCUAGCGCAUCGUGCCUUGACCUACUCCAAUUUACGAGCAUUUAGUGAUAUUGAGAGAAACACAAAACUGUAGAUUGUGCGAACAAACACAUUAUAAGAAUUUGACGUUUCCUUCACAAUUUCAUGAAGUUAGAUUGAAUUUUUCAUCAAAUUCCUACAAUUCUGAGCCAUCGAUAAAGAGAAUAUAAUACAAUUUCUUUAUUUGCAUUUAUUAGCUCGCUAUAAAAAUCCAUACGCCGCUUUUACAUAACUAUGAGAAAAAAGUAAAAAGGAAGAAGAAAAAGAAAAACGAAAAGAAGAAUAAAAUUGUCAUUUUAUAUUUACUUAUUAUAUCUAAUGUAAUUUUUAUUUUCUUAAACGCUAUAAAAAGAAAGGAAAAGAAAAGGAAAGAAAAAAAGGAAAAAGACAAAAAGGAAAAAAAAGAAAAAAAAGAAUUAAUAAAUAAAACGCUGUAUGUUAAGAUAUAAAUAAAUAAAUAAAUUUACUCUAUAAUUAUUUUAGCUUUAUAACGUACGACAUCCUUAGUGGAAUAAACCGAUUAAAGUAAAGCCGAUGAUUAUGAUUGAAUCUUUCGUAGCGGUCACACAGUAAUAAAUCUGACUAAUAGAGAAAAUAUAAGGGAAAAAAAAAUUGUUUCUCUCUCUCUCUCUCUCUCACUCUUUCUCUCUCACUCUUUCUCUCUCACUCUUUCUCGACUAAGGGCGCAAGCGCUUUCAAGGAAUAUUUUCCGCGACUUUCAUUCGCUGACGCGUUAGUGACGUCACGAGCGUCAAGGCCGAAAACGCGACGCAACAGUACAAUAUGGAACAACGUCGAGAACGACGGUUGUUCCAGUAACGUUUCAUACGUCCGAGCGGAUGUUCUGUUUGUCAAGCGCGAGUAGAAAACUUGUGCCUCUCAUAGGAAUAUCCUACUUUGCGUCGCUGAAUAAGCGGACAUUUCCCCGUGUGAAGUAGAUUUAAAAUA